UACAAACGACAACAAAUAACAGACAAAAAUUACCGGGUAAAAAAUUUCACAAUCAUGUCUUCUCUGUACAAUUUUCCCCACAAUCCAAAUGAAACAACGAAUUUCGCGAAAAAUGAACGAAUGGUGACGUCGCUGCCUUCCAUCGAGCUCAAUGCUGGCUCCCUUUCGUUCUCAAAUUACCCCGAAAUCAACAUAAAUCGCGAACUUUUUCACGCAAGUCGUGCUCGCGACGAGAAAAAUGUCCUCGUUCAAGUGGAAGAAUCAAUCGUGAAAGCUGUUAUCCGAACGUACUUUGAAAAGGGGCUAUUUUCUGCGCUGGAAGCUGCCGCAAAGGAACAGAAUUUGGUCGGCGCAGGAGCUCGUUAUGUCAUUCGAGUGUUGGAUGUUGGGAGACAAAUCAAAGUUUUCUUCAGACCACAUUUGAAGAUUCAAGGCGUUGAGAGUAUUGCAAAAUUUUCGCAAACACGCAACUGGGCACAGAGUCCUAUUCGAUGUAUUUGCUGGCAUCCGAAUUUUUUCAAGUUGGCUGUUGCUGCGGAAGAUGAUAGUGUUCGGUUGUACAGUGAUAAACAAGGAAUUGUCCCGAUUUUGAAGCAUGGCUUACAAAAAGGAAUUUGUUGCAUGGCAUGGCGCCCAUGGAGUCCCUCAGAACUCGCAAUUGGCACACAAAACGGCGUUCUCCUAUGGACAAUCGAAAAUUUCAUCCAAAACGCUCCGAUCAAGCAACAAACGCAACUUCUCAAACACGAAUCCCACGCUCCCGUCACUUCGCUUCAAUGGAAUCCCGAUGGAACUCUUUUGGCUUCUGCGAGUUCAUCAGAUGCCGAUGUCUUGAUCUGGGAUGUCGAUCGUAACAAGUGUCAACCAUUGAAACGUGUUGGUUCACCAGCAGCUCUUCUCGCAUGGGCCCCAAACGCAAGCACACUUUGCACCACAACAACCACAAACGUUUUUCGCAUCUGGAAAGCCAAUAAUUGGACAAUGGAUCGCUGGAUUAUCGGCUGUGGCACAAUUCAGAGUCUCGUUUGGUCGCCGUGCAGCACAUUUUUGUUGUUUAUUACGACGGAAGAGCCGUUCCUGUAUAGCUUGGGGUUCGUUGAUGAUUAUGUCUUCACGAGCGGAAGUAAUAGUAAGCAAGCGAUGCCUGUUGUGGACUUGUCUAAGAUGGAAGUCGAUGGAAUGGAGAUCGGCGGAAAGGCACAAACGAUGUGUAUGAGUCCGCAGGGGAAUUUGUUGGCAAUUUCGUUCAAAGAGACAAAUGCUAUUGCGGUUUUCAGUGUUUCUAUAAGGAAAUUUUUGUUAAAUGUAACAGCUCUGGGUUUAAUUAAUGGAUUGGGCAAUGAAUUUCCGUCGACAAUUUGCUUCCAAGACACGAAAGAGACAAAUGUGCUAACAAUUGGAUGGUCAAGUGGGCGAAUUCAAUAUUUUCCUUUCGUCUAAAGUCGUACUUUUCAUAAAGUUUUUCGUUAAAUAAAAUAUUUUUUGUAUAAAUUUA